UACCGAUUUUAUCGUAUGUCAUUACGAUGCAAGCGAUAGCGUUUUUCUUGCUGGUCUGCGGUUUAGCCGCAACCGUGACAUCCGACAUUUCGCAAGAUCUCUCGUUGAACGAGCUUGUGAAAAUGAUGCAGCAAAGCAGGAAAUGGCCGAAAUUUAAUUCUGAUGUCAACUUUAAUACGCUACAAAUGAUAAAAAAAGCUGGUUAUCCAGCAGAGGCUCAUAUUGUACAGACGGAGGACGGUUACUUUUUAACACUUCAUCGUAUUCCAGAUAACAAGAAGUUACCCGUGUUGUUACAGCAUGGUCUUUUGGGCAGUUCCGCUGAUUGGGUCAUUCCCGGCAAGGAUAAAGGACUUGCUUUCAUUUUGGCUGAUCGGGAAUAUGACGUUUGGUUGGAUAAUUUUCGUGGGAAUACCGAUUCGAGAGCGCACGUUUCUUUAUCUCCGUCGGAUUCAAGAUUUUGGAAUUUUAGCUUUCACGAACUGGGCGUCUAUGAUUUACCUGCGAUGAUCUCGUACAUCACGAAUACGACGUCACAAAAAUUGAUCACGUAUAUUGGUCAUUCGAUGGGUACAACUGCUUCUUAUGUGAUGGCAGCAGAACGUCCAGAUAUUGCUCGAAUGGUACAAGCAAUAAUUAGUCUCGCACCUGUAGCUUUUGUAGAAUAUAUAAACAGUCCAAUACGACAUUUUGCUCCUUUCGUCAACAAAUUAGAGAUAAUAGCGCAUUUCUUCGGCGAGGACGAGUUUCUGCCGCAUAAGAGUGUGCUGCAAUUUCUGGCAAAACACGGUUGCGAGGUAAAUUAUGUUGAGGAGGUUUGUACCAACAUAAUAUUCUUGAUCUGUGGAUUCGAUGAAGAACAAUUCAAUUACACUUUGCUCCCAAUGAUUCUAAGUCACGACCCAGCCGGUGCUUCGACCAAAACACUGAUACACUUUGGCCAGGAAAUCGAAUCGGGCAAGUUUCGUCAAUUCGAUUACGGACGCGAGAAAAAUCUAUUGAUCUACAAUGCAACUGAACCGCCGGACUACAAUCUAACAAACAUCAAAGUGCCAAUCGGACUAUUUUACGCCGACAAUGAUUGGUUAGCUGAUAGUUUGGACGUGAAAAAGCUAUACAACUCAUUAUUAUCCAACAUAUUUGACCUGUAUAGAGUACCGUUGCCUAAAUUCAAUCAUCUGGAUUUCAUCUGGGGCAAAGAUGCACCCAAGUUUGUGAUGAUAUUCACCGCAGUGAUUGUUAUUGCUCUUUCAAGUGCAAUAAUAUGCAAUCAUGAUUUCGGCGAUGGCACAGUCUUCACGAGAAACACAAAUACAAAUUCUGUUCAUCCCCAAUCGAAUUUAAAUACAUACUGGCCGAUCUUUAAUAUGCAACAAUCGCUCCAAAAAUCUCAAACCUUCCAGACAAGAAUAAACUCUCGACAGAAUAACAUAACAAACCAUCACGUGCAGCGACUGUUUCUUACUCCGCCGAAGAUCAAUUACUUAGCUUGCAAGAAACUUUUCUCUAAAUCAUAUUCUAUCCCAAGAUCAAAUAGCCAACAAGAUUCCAUGCGUAUGUCGCAAAGUUUUGUAGCCUUCGCAUCACAUAAUCCUAAGUUAAAUCAGCACUCAACAACUUUUUCACCUCUAAAUAUCCCAAAAUCGUCGCUCACUCAUUUAUCAUCACAAUCUCUGCCUUUUUCAUCGACUAGUGCAAGACCGAUCCAUUCCACAUCCAGGAUUGGCAAGCAAUUGGCUGGACAUACAGUCACUCAAGCUGUUGAGUCUCAUCAUCCUCCGCAUAUCCAUAGUCUUGAUGUGGAAUGUAGUAAGACAAUGAUGACGAUCCAUAUUGAAUUCAAUCGCGCUUUCAACGGCAUUAUUUAUUCUAAAGGAUAUUAUGCGAAUUCGGAAUGUAUAUACGUAAAAGAGAAUUCCGGCUUAAUACAAUAUUCUUUUACUGUAAAUUUAGACUCUUGCGGAACUCAAUUCAUUAAUGAUUUCAAAGGUGCGACUGGACAAGCAUAUUUGGAAACCGUCCUUGUAUUACAAAAUGAAUCAGGUAUACAAGAAGUAUGGGAUGUAAUUCGAAGAAUACGAUGUCUUUGGGAAGGAAACAUUAAUAAAGCUUUAAUGGUGAAUCUCUCAAUAGAUAUGUUGAACCAGGAGAUCGUUACUUUUAGUGGCGAUACUGCAACAGUCAAAUUAGAUAUUCAAAUCGGUAAAGGACCUUUUGCACCUACAGUCGAUGGUCUCGUAAAGCUUGGAGAAACUAUGACCUUAGUAGUUUCUGUAAAGGAUCCUGGUUUCGAUCUUCAGGUGCGUGACUGUUUGGCGCGAGACGAAGCCUCAACCAAUAUGUUGCAGCUCACCGACGAAAGAGGCUGCAUUCUGAAACCGAAACUGUUUAGUGCCUUUCAAAAGACAAAUAAUACGGGCAAUACGGGCGCUUCUAUUAUCGCUUAUGCGUUCUUUCAAGCCUUCAAAUUUCCUGAUGUUAUGGAUUUAUUUAUCGAAUGUAAUGUCGAAUUAUGUAAAAUUAAUUGCGAUCCUUGUCCAGACACAAAUCAA